CGGCCGCGCGGCCACCCUCACUCCGCGCUCCGCGCCGGGCCGCGGCGGUCGAUGCCGUGCGGGCAGUCUGACAGCGGAGCCGCCCCGGCGCGGUACGUGCUGGGGGUGGACGUGGGCAGCACAGUGGUGAAGUGCCACGUCUACGACCGGGCGGCCGCCGUCAGGGGUUCCAGCCACAGGAAGGUAGAAUCACUUUAUCCUCGUCCUGGAUGGGUUGAAUUAGAUCCUGAAGUUCUGUGGAGUCAAUUUAUUGGUGUAAUAAAAGAGGCUGUACAAGCUGCAGGACUUCACAUGAGGCAAAUUGCUGGUCUUGGCAUCUCCACCCAGAGAGGAACUUUCAUUACAUGGCACAAGAAGACAGGGAAACCUUUUCAUAAUUUCAUAAGUUGGCAAGACUUAAGAAGUGCUGAACUUGUGAAUUCCUGGAAUAACUCCCUUCUGCUGAAGGUAAUCCAUGUUAUUUUUACAGUGCUUCAUUUCUUGACUGGGAAUGAUCGAUAUUUGGCACCCAGUUUUCUUACUUUUUCAACACAUCAAGCUUCUAUGAAGUUGUCAUGGGUUUUUAAAAACAUACAUGAGGCUGAAGAAGCUGCCAAAAAAAACAACUGCUGCUUUGGAACGGUUGACACGUGGUUACUGUAUAGAUUGACUAAAGGUUCUGUGUAUGCCACAGAUUACUCAAAUGCCAGUUCCACAGGCAUUUUUGAGCCCUUUACGAAAUGUUGGAAUCCCACUUUGUGCAAUCUACUUUCUAUUCCAGUGUCUAUUUAUCCACCAGUGAGAGACACAAGCUUCAACUUUGGAUCAACUGACUCUGAAAUAUUUGGCGUACCUAUUCCAAUAAUGGCAGUGGUAGCUGAUCAGCAGUCAGCUAUGUUUGGAGAAUGCUGCUUUCACCCAGGAGAUGUUAAACUGACAAUGGGAACAGGUGGCUUCUGGAAUGUCAAUACUGGAGAGCAUCUCUUUGCAGCACGGGGAAGUCUUUAUCCACUGAUCGGUUGGAAGAUUGGGGAAGAAGUUGUUUAUUUAACUGAAGGCUCCAUAUCAGACGUUGGCACUGCCAUAAAAUGGGCUCUGGAUAUAGAACUUUUCACCAAUGUAGAUGAAACAGCAGAAAUGGCACAGAGUACUGCUGAUUCUCAAGGUGUUUGUUUCAUUCCAGGUUUGCAGGUUUCUGGGGAUGACCCAUAUUUAUGUGCCUCUUUCAUGGGGCUGAAACCUUCCACUAACAGAAACCACCUUGUUCGAGCUAUAUUGGAAUCUGUAGCUUUCAGGAACAAACUGCUUUAUGAUAUCAUUGUGAAGAAAGUGCACAUUCCUCUUCGAACUAUUCGAGCUGAUGGAGGUGUCAGUAAUAAUAGUUUUGUCAUGCAGAUGACAUCAGAUUUAAUUAAUAAGAAAAUAGAAAAACCUGCAAAUGUGGAAAUGUCUAGUCUUGGUGCAGCUUUUCUAGCAGGCCUUGCUUCAGGAUUUUGGACAGACAGAAAACAACUAAAGAAGCUAAGGCGAAUAGAAGCAGUGUUUGAGCCCCAAAAGGAUUCAGAGGAAUACAGACCUGCUAUGGAUGCAUGGCUGCAAGCAAUGAAACACUCACCACACCGGUAGAAAUUUGUAUUUUAAUUUUAGAAGAAUUAAGACAAUAUUUUAUAACAUUUUGACAUUAACAGGACAGUAAAAAAAAACAUAACUGAAAUUUGUGAUGGUGUAUUAUAAGUCGUGUGGUAUUUCAGUUCCCCUCCUGCUGCUGGAUUAUUUACCAUACUGUAAUGAACCUUCCCAUCAUCCCUGUGGCAGCUGUGGUCCAGCUGCAGCAUUUGUGUCCCUUCAGUGACCUCCUUUGGGUGGCCCAGCUGCUCAAAUCCUACCAUGUACUGCCCAUGGGCUGUUCUAGCUGGGAUGGGUUUUUCACUGAGCAGCUCCCCUCCCUUUGGAUCUUUAAAAUCUUGCCUGUGUUCAUCAUCCAGGAAGGCUAAAAGGCACAUUGACUCCCCUAGGCAUUGCUAAGAAACAAAAUGAUUGUUGGGGCUGGGUUGUGAAGAAUUCAAUUGUGGACAAAGACAUUGUUUUGGUAGUAGCCUGUUACCACCUUUUGGUUGACACUAAGCGCUGUGAUCACAUUAUUUGUGCACUAGAUCAAGAUGAAAUACAAAAGCAAAUAGGCUUUUAACACUCCAUUUUAAAAAUCCAGGAUUUUUGUAGCUGGUACUUUGUAGCUAGCUUGUAGCUCAAUUUUAAAAAAUUUUAUAAAGACCAAAAGCAAUCUUCUCUGACUGGCCAGCACAGAUACAUUAAAACUAUUUCCAGGUAUGCUAUCUAACUUGUAAAUAUCUGUACUGUUAGUAUCUUCAAGGCCAUUUUUAAAUCCUAUUACUAUUAACUAAAAGGGAGUAAAAAGUCUAUUUUUGAAGCUAUAAAUUACUUUUGUAUUUUUAAACAAAUAAAGUAUAGCUAAAGAAAUGUGUAGUUAAUUAUUCUU